AUGACGCUUGUGAGAGCCCCGCAAUCAUGUCUUGCCGUUCAGGCUUUAAACAAACUUUACAUUUUGAUUUUAUUGGGGAAGCUACACAGUUGUGAAACGAAAGCAGAUGUGGUUGGAACAAAUGAAAGUGAUUUCCACUGUCCGUCUUUCGACGAAGUAAGAUUACGAUGGCACGAUUCUCACCCAUUUACUCAUUACAACUCAUCAAGCAAGAUUCUUGAAGGACGUCUGGUUCGUUUUAUGAGACGUGCAGUCAAUACGUGUUGUGCAGUCGUGCAAAUCACUGGCGAAAGGGUAAACGUUACCAGCUCGUACGACAUGGAGAUCCUUAUAAGGAAAUAUCACGUUGAUGAUCCAAUGGUCCACUUUCCAAUUUUCUCCAACAGAGGUAAAAAACAGCAGUUUGACAGAAGAUUCAUUGCCCUGUUUGAUUCUCCAGGACCUGCAGCGCUGAAAUUCAGCCGCGGAUUAGAUUCAUCUCUUACUGGAUUUGCAUACUUACUGAAAAAUAGGUGGAAACUGAUACUUAUCUGCUUUUUACACCCGGUGUUAGCUGGCAUGGCCAUGUGGGGUUUGGAUCACAAGUCGAAUCCAGACGAGUUUCCACAUAACUCUUUAUGCGGAAUAAGCGAAGGAAUAUGUUUAAUGGGACUCGUUGAGCACAACAUUACUUACCAUUGCAGGUAUGGCGACAAAGCGCCCCGGUCCUCCCUGGCGCGUCCAUUUGCUAUUCUGUGGAUGAUAGAAGGAGCAGUUUUGACGAGUCUGUUCUCAGCUAGGCUUACCGCUGAUCUGACGGCGGGCGAAAUCAGCACAGAUCUGAAUGUCAUAGUAAAAAGGUAUAGGUAGACUACCGUGAUUCCUCGAAUUAGCCC